AUGAACACAUCCAGAUCUUGGUUCCCUAAUACUGUUCUCUGCCAAGGAACAACCAGCAGUCCCUGGAGGAAGGACGAGUUUCAGUUGCACAUGUGGAAAAGUGCAAGUUCUAGAAAGAAAAAAAAAAGUGGGCGUGCUGCGUGGCGCGCUCCCAGUUGGAAAGCCACCGCACCCAGGCUGAGCCGGAGCCAGGCGGGCCGAGGCUGCCGCCCGCCGCGGCGCAGGGGCGCCCCUCCUGCGGCUGCCACGCUCGCCGGCGCGGACGCCCGCCCCCCAGACCACAGGCAGGUGUGCGCGCAGACUGAGCACACGUGCCUGCCGCUAUUUAAGAGCCCGCCUGCCCCGUCUCGCAGCUGUCUGUCGCUCCGCUCCGCGUGCCUGAACGCACCCCGCCGCCGGGGCUGCAGCCGGGGCAUGGGCGCCGCGGGUCCGCUCUGGGUUUUCUUGGCCGUCCUCGCGCCUGGGGUCUUCGGUGACCCGGCGGGGGAGAACCGAGGUAGGGACGCGUCGGGGGGCAGGGAGGGGCUCUGUGCAGAGAACCCGAAGCGAGAAACCAGUGGGGCAGUGCCGGACACCUGGCGGUCUCCCGCUACUUUUGGGGAGCCGCUGCGGUCUCCUGGGGCCCCUGGAGUGGGACCGGUGUCAGAACUGGAGGCUGUGCAGAGCGGCGCUGUUCGGCUGGCCCCGCACGGUGCUGACGUCCCGCUCUCUCCUCCGGAGGAGGGAGGUGGUUCGCGGGUUGCAGCAGGUGCGCGAGUGGCGCGCGCGGAGGAACGGAAGCCCACGCAGCCCGAGCGUGGAGACUGCCCAGCUCCGUUUCCUAAAGAAGGUCACGCUCUGGUGUCCAAGCGAGCCCUCUCCACUCCGUUUGCCUUUACUGCUGCUCUGCAGCCUCCCCAGAUCAUCGCUCGGUUCUUGGUCAGUUCCUCCAGAGGUUUACAGGUUACCAGUGUGGCCCGGGAUGUGCAGACUCAGCAAGCUCUCUGGAAGACUCUGAAGCCAGUGUCUUCACUGUGCAUGGCUGUGAGCGAAGUCAGGAUUUUUUGUGACCCUCCUCCUCCUAUUGUGGAUGGCCGAGUCAGUUACCAUCCUGGCCCUGUACAUGUGGGCACUGUUGUGAGGUACACUUGUCCCCCCACUUACCGUCUCAUUGGAGAAAAAACGCUUUUUUGCACAACUAAAGACCAAGUGAAGGGAGUCUGGGACAGAGAUGCUCCUGUAUGUGAAUAUUACAAUAAAAACUCGAUUUGCCCUGAGCCCAUAGUGCCUGGGGGAUACAAAGUGAAAGGGACCAAGUCACCGUACAUACAUGGUGAUCUUCUGGUAUUUGCCUGUAAAGCCAACUUCACCAUGAAAGGAAACAAAUCUGUCUGGUGUCGAGCAAACAAGACCUGGGGGCCAUCGGAACUGCCAACCUGCGAGAGUAAUUUCCCUCUAGAGUGCCCACCACCUCACCAGAUCCCCAAUGGACAUCACACAGUGGGGGAUUGCUCCCAUUGCGCCAUUGCCCCAGGAUUGUCUGUGACUUACAGCUGUGACCCUGGCUACUUGCUUGUUGGAGAAGAGACUAUUAAGUGUUUGUCUUCAGGAGACUGGAGUGCUGACACUCCCACAUGUAAAGAGGCACAAUGUGAACCUCCAAAACAGUUGCUCAACGGGAAGAUCAAACAGCCUCCAAGUCUUUGGCCUGGUGCAACUGUGAACAUUUCUUGCAAUGAAGGGUAUCGAUUAAAAGGCCAGCCGACCAGUCAGUGUGUGAUUCUUGGACAGCGAGCUGUUUGGACCAAGAUGCCUGUAUGUGAGAAAAUUUUUUGCCCACGGCCGCCUCCUAUUCACAAUGGAAGACACAUAGGCAGCUCUUCAGCCAGCGUUCCGUAUGGAAGCAUAGUCACUUAUAUUUGCGACCCAGGUCCAGAGAGAGGCGUGAACUUCAUCCUUAUUGGGGAUCCCACUAUCCGUUGCACAACUGACAGCCAUGAGGCCGGGAUCUGGAGUGGCCCUGCCCCACGCUGUGAACUUGAUACUGCUGCCAUUCAGUGUCCACAUCCUCAGGUCCGAAGAGGCCGAUUGUUAACUGGGCAGAAAGCCCGAUAUUCCUAUAAUGACACCGUGGUAUUUGUUUGCAUGUCUGACUUCACCUUGAAGGGCAGCCAGCGAAUCCGAUGCAGUGCCCAGGGCACGUGGGAGCCGCGGGUACCAGUCUGUGAAAAGGAAUGCCAGGCCCCUCCUAAAAUCCUCCAUGGGCAUAAGGAAGAUACGCACUUGGCCCACUUUGACCCUGGAACAUCUGUAAAGUAUAGGUGUGACCCUGGCUAUGUGCUUGUGGGAAAAGGAUCCAUACAGUGCACCUCUGAGGGGGAGUGGACACCCACUGCCCCACAAUGCAAAGUGGCGGAGUGUGAUCCCAUAGGAAAUCAACUCUUUAAAAAACCCCAGGAUGGAUUUGUUAGACCAGAUGUUAGCUCUUCUUGUGAUGAAGGGUACCAGCUAAGUGAGAGCGUCUAUCAGCUAUGUCAAGGUACAGUUCCUUGGUAUAUGGAGACUCGUCUUUGUAAAGAGAUCACCUGCUCUUCACCCCCUGCCAUCUACAACGGGACACACACAGGGAGUCCCUCAGGAGAUAUUCCAUAUGGAACCACCAUCACUUACACAUGCAAUCCUGGGCCUGAGACAGGAGUGCAAUUCAGCCUCAUUGGGGAGCCCACCAUUCGCUGCACAAGUGAUGAUCAAAAGAGGGGCAUCUGGAGUGGCCCUGCUCCUCUCUGCUCUCUCUCCACCCCUGAUGUCCAGUGCUCACACGUCCACGUUGCAAAUGCACACAGGAUAGCUGGCAAGGAAGCCCCGUAUUUCUACAAUGAUAGUGUGACAUUCGAGUGUAACGCUGGAUUUACUUUGAAGGGCAGUAGGCAGAUUCGCUGCAAGGCCAAUAACGUCUGGGAUCCUGAAAUACCAGUUUGUGAAAAAGAGGCAUGCCGUCCUGUGACAGAUCCUGAAGAAUCUUUAGCUGAUUUACGUGUGGAACUAGUUAAUACGACCUGUCAAGAUGGGUACCAUUUGGCUGAAUAUGUUUAUCACAAGUGUCAGGAUGUUGAGAAAGGAAUCUGGCUCCAAAAGACUCCAGUUUGUGAAGUUAUUCACUGUCAACCUCCACCAGUGAUUGAAAAUGGGAGGCAUACCAGCGGGAUGACACAACAGUUUCGUUAUGCCAGUGAAGUCUCUUAUCAAUGUGACCAAGGAUUCUACCUUCUGGGCAAGAAAACUUUGCAGUGCAGAAGUGAUUCCAAAGGACGUGGGUCUUGGAGCGGCCCUCCCCCACAGUGCUUGCACUCUCCUCCUGCAACUCAGUGUCCUGACCCAGAUGUCAGAAAUGGCCACAAGCUCAAUAAAACUGCCUCUGAAUAUUCCCACGGUGACACAGUGUACAUUGCCUGCAAUCCUGGCUUCCUCCUGAUUGGCAGUCCCUUGAUUAGGUGUCAUACUGAUAACACAUGGAUUCCAGGUGUACCAACUUGCAUUAAGAAGGCUUUAUUAAGGUGCCAGCCUCCACCUGAAAUCCUCAACGGAAGUCAUAAUGGUGGACAUCUAACUCUAUUUCCCCCUGGAAAAUCGAUCACGUAUAGCUGUAACCAAGGCUACCUGCUGGUGGGAGAAGCACAUCUUCUUUGCACUCAUGAAGGAACCUGGAGCCAACCUGCCCCUUACUGUAAAGAGGUAAACUGUAGCUACCCAGAAGCCAUGACUGGAAUGCAGAAGGCUGCGAAGCCUGGGAAAACAUAUCAGUAUGGAAGCAUUGUAACUCUGGAGUGUGAGGAUGGGUAUAUCCUGGAAGGCAGCCCCCAGAGCCAGUGCCAAGACGACCACCAGUGGAACCCUCCCCUGGCUGUUUGCAGAUCCCGCUCACCUGCUCCACUUGCUCCUCUUCUUUGUGGUAUUUUUGCAGGUUCUGUAUUUCUUAUCUUCUUGGUUAGCGUCACCUUAUUCAUGAUAUCAAAACACAGAGAACGGAAUUAUUAUACAAAUACAAGCCCUAAAGGAGGAGCUGGUCAUUUAGAAACACAAGAAGUAUAUCCUAUUGAUCCAUACAACCCAACCUCAGGCGCGGAGCCCAGCCGCUGCCUCUCCGCUCCGCCGCGUGCUCUCCUUCCUCCCACCGCCGAGUUUCUAGAGGCGCUGGGGGAGCAUGGGAUCCGCUUCCGCGAGGAGCCCGGCGCCUCCACCUCGCCUGUCCCUCUGCGGGGGAGCUCUCCUGGCGGCUGCGGUGCUGCUGCUGGCGCUGCCGGCAACCUGGGUGCCAGCAGGGAGCUCUCAUCGGCCUGUAUGAACUACUUCAUCCAACAACAGCAGAAUACAUUCUUCUCAGGCUUGCAGGGAACCUUCACCGAUAUUGAACACAUCCUGGGCCGCCAAAGUCAAUGCAAGGCCCCACAGUUUCCUUUUGCUAAGCCUACAAAUCCAACGGAGGAGUCUGAGUUUCCCAUUGGGACAAGACUGAAGUAUGAAUGUCGUCCUGGUUACAUCAAGAGGCGGUUCUAUAUCACCUGCCAAGAAAACGCGGUCUGGACAAAGGUAGAAGACCAGUGUAAACGCAAAUCAUGUGAAAAUCCUCCAGACCCUAUUAAUGGCAUGGUGCAUAUAGUCUCAAACAUCCAGUUUGGGUCCAGAAUUAAUUAUUCUUGCAAUAAAGGGUAUCGGCUCAUUGGCCAGCCCUAUGCUGAAUGCCUCCUCUCAAGUGAAGGUGUUGCCUGGGACAAUGAAACGCCAAUCUGUGAGAGUAUUUCUUGUGCACCACCCCCAGCCAUUGCCAAUGGAAAUUUCCACAGCUUUGAUAAAGAAGAUUUUCCAUAUGGAACAGUAGUGACCUAUUCCUGCAAUGUUGGAAAGAGCCGGAAAAAGCUGUUUGACCUCAUCGGGGAGCCCUCCAUAUAUUGUACCAGCCAUGAUGAUCAGGUUGGCAUAUGGAGCAGCCCCCCUCCUCAGUGCAUUGAACCCAAUAAAUGCACACCUCCAGACGUGGAAAAUGCAGUCAUUGUAUCUGAGCUCAAGAACUUGUUUUCCUUAAAUGAAAUCGUGGAGUUGAAGUGUCAGCCUGGCUUCGUCAUGCAAGGACCCAGCCAAGUGCUGUGCAAAGCCUUAAACAAAUGGGAACCCGAGCUGCCACACUGCUCCAGGGUGUGUCAGCCACCUCCAGAAAUCCUGCAUGGGGAACAUACCCAGAGCAACAAGGACGUCUUCUCCCCUGGACAGGAAGUGACCUACAGCUGUGAGCCUGGCUAUGACCUCAGAGGGGCUGCUUCCCUGCACUGCACACCACAGGGAACCUGGAGCCCCGCAGCCCCGACAUGUGCAGUGAAAUCCUGUGAUUACUUCCUGGACCAACUCCCUAAUGGCCAUGUGCUAUUUCCACUUAAUCUCCAGCUUGGAGCCAAAGUGUCCUUUGUUUGUAAGGAAGGGUUCCGAUUAAAAGGCAGUUCUUCCAGUCACUGUGUCUUGGUUGGGAUGGAAGGCCAUUGGAAUAGCAGUGUUCCUGUAUGUGAGCAAAUCUUUUGUCCGAGUCCUCCAGCCAUCCUCAAUGGGAGACACACAGGGAAACCUUUGGAAGUCUUUCCCUUUGGAAAAGCAGUAACUUACACAUGUGACCCCCACCCCGACGGAGGACUGACCCUCAGCCUCAUGGGGGAGAGUACCAUCCAUUGCAUGAGUGAUGGUCAAGGGAAUGGGAUUUGGAGUGGCCCUGCCCCUCGCUGUGGACGUCCAGGUCACUGUAAAGCCCCGGAACAUUUUCAAUUUGCCAAACUGAAAACCCAAACCAACGAAUUUGAGUUUCCCAUUGGGACAUCUUUGAAGUACGAAUGCCGUGCUGGGUACUUGGGAAGGCCCUUCUCUAUUAAGUGUCUAGAAGAUCUGGUCUGGUCAAGGCCCAAAGACGUCUGUGCCCGCAAAUCAUGUGAAAACCCUCCAGAUCCUAAGAAUGGAAUGGUACAUGUCAUCACAGAUAUCAAGUUUGGAGCUAGAAUUAAUUAUUCUUGCAAUCAAGGGUACCGAAUCCUUGGCCAAACAUCUGCCGAAUGUGUCCUCUCAGGCAAUACUGUCAAAUGGGGGGCGGAGCCACCAAUUUGUGAACGUAUUCCUUGUGCACCACCCCCAGCCAUUGCCAAUGGAGAUUUCUACAGUACCAACAGAGAAGAAUUUCUAUAUGGAAUGGUGGUGACCUAUUUUUGCAAAGCUGGAGUAGGAAGCAGAAAGCUGUUUGACCUCAUAGGGGAGCCCUCCAUAUAUUGUACCAGCCAUGAUGAUCAGGUUGGCGUCUGGAGCGGCCCCCCUCCUCAGUGCAUUGAACCUAAUAAAUGCACACCUCCAGACGUGGAAAACGCAAUCAUGGUAACUGAUCACAAGAACUUGUAUUCCUUAAAUGAAAUCGUGGAGUUGAAGUGUCAGCCUGGCUUUGUCAUGCAAGGACCCAGCCAAGUGCUGUGCAAAGCUCUAAACAAAUGGGAACCUGAGCUGCCAUACUGCUCCAGGGUGUGUCAGCCGCCUCCAGAAAUCCUGCAUGGUGAGCGCACCCCAAGCCACCAGGAUGCCUUCUCUCCCGGGCAGGAAGUAAUCUACAGCUGUGAGCCCGGCUACGACCUCACAGGGGCUGCUUCUGUACGCUGUACACCCCAGGGAGACUGGAACCCUCAGGCCCCAACGUGUGCAGUGAAAUCAUGUGAUCAGUUCCUGGACCAACUCCCGAAUGGCCACAUAUUAGUUCCACUUAAUCUCCAGCUUGGAGCAAAAGUGUCCUUUGUCUGUGAUGAAGGGUUCCAUUUAAAGGGAAGCUCUGAUAGUCAUUGUGUCUUGGUGGGAACAAGAAGCCUUUGGAACAGCAGCGUGCCUGUGUGUGAACAAAUCUUUUGUCCAAAUCCUCCAGCUAUCCUUAAUGGGAGACACACAGGACCUCCUCUGGGAGAUAUUCCCUAUGGAAAAGAAGUAUCUUACACAUGUGACCCGCAUUCUGAAGAAGGGACGACCUUCAGCCUCAUUGGGAAGAGCACUAUCCACUGCACGAGUGACAGUCAAGGGAAAGGGGUUUGGAGUGGUCCCGCCCCUCGUUGUGAACUUCUUGUUCCUGUUGGUCGCUGUAGCAUCCCAGAGCAGUUUCCAUUUGCCAGUCCUACAAUUCCAGUUGAUAUGUCUGAAUUCCCAGUUGGGACAUCCUUGAAUUAUGAAUGUGGCCCGGGGUACUUGGGGAGUGCCUUCUCCAUCACCUGCCUUGAAAACUUGGUGUGGUCAAGUGCAGAGCACACCUGUAGACGAAAAUCAUGUGGAACUCCUCCAGAACCCUUUAAUGGAAUGGUACAUAUAAAUACAGAUACCCAGCUUGGAUCAAUAAUCAACUAUUCUUGUAAUGAAGGGUAUCGCCUCGUCGGUUCCCCAACUGCUGCUUGUCUCCUCUUGGGCAGUAACGUGACAUGGGAUAAGCAGGCACCUAUCUGUGAGACUAUAUCUUGUGAGCCACCUCCAGUCAUACCCAACGGAACCUUCUACAGCCACAAUGAAACAUUUUUUCCCUAUGGAAUGGUGGUGACUUACCAGUGCCACACUGGGCCAGGUGGAGAAAAGGUGUUUGACCUUGUGGGAGAACAAUCAAUAUAUUGUACCAGCAAAGACAGUCAUCUCGGUGUUUGGAGCAGCCCUCCUCCUCAGUGUUUUUCUGCUAAUAAAUGCACAGCUCCAGAAGUUGAAAAUGGAGUAAGAGUCACAGGAAAUAGGAGUUUAUUUUUGAUCAAUGAGAUCGUGAGAUUUAAAUGUCAGCCUGGCUUUGUCAUGAAAGGAUCCAACACUGUGCAGUGCUACGCCAACAACAGAUGGGGACCUGAGCUGCCACGCUGCUCCAGGGUGUGUCAGACACCUUCAGAAAUUCUGCAUGGUGAGUGCACGCUAAGAAAAGGAUGCUUUUCCACUAGGUGAGAAGUGAUCUACAUCUGUGAGCCCAGCUACCACCUUGGAGGGGAUGCUUCUCCACGCUGUACACUCCAAGGAGACUGGAGCCCUGUGGCCCCGACAUGUACAAAUGCCUCGACUCUGGUCUCAUCAUGCGAUGACUUCCUGGACCAACUCCCCAAUGGCCGUGUGGUACGUCCACUUAAUCUCCAGCUUGGGGCAAAAGUGACCUUCAUUUGUGAUGAAGGGUUCCGAUUAAGGGGCAGCUCUGCCAGUCAUUGUGUCUUGGCUGGAAUGGAAAGCCUUUGGAACAGCAGUGUUCCCAUAUGUGAACAAAUCUUUUGUCCAAAUCCUCCAGCUAUCCUUAAUGGGAGACACACAGGACCUCCUCUGGGAGAUAUUCCCUAUGGAAAAGAAGUAUCUUACACAUGUGACCCCCAUCCUGAAGGAGGGAUGACCCUCAUUGGGAAGAGCACCAUCCACUGCAUGAGUGACAGUCAAGGGAAUGGGAUCUGGAGUGACCCUGCCCCUAGCUGUGAACUUCCUGUUCCUGUUGCAUGCCCACCUCCACCCAAGAUCCAGGGAGGGCACCACACUGGAGGACAUGAUGUUCCUUUUCUCCCUGGAAUGAUUGUCAACUACACCUGUGACCCUGGCUACCUGUUGGUGGGAAAGGCCUUCAUUUUCUGUUCAGACCAAGGAACCUGGAGCCAACUGGAUCAUUACUGCAAAGAGGUAAAAUGUGGCCUCCCACAGCUUAUGGAUGGGCUCCAAAAGGGGUUGAAAAUGAGAAAAAUCUAUCACUAUGGAGAGAAUGUAACUUUGGAGUGUGAAGAUGGAUAUGUUCUGGAAGGCAGUCCCCGGAGUCAGUGCCAGGUGGAUGACAGAUGGGACCCUCCUCUGGCCAUAUGUACAUCUCGCCAGCAUGAUGCUCUCAUACUUGGCAUUUCCUUUGGUAUGGUCUUCUUUCUUUUAACCAUCAUCGUUUCCUGUUGGAUGAUUCUAAAGCACAAAAAAGGGUAA